AUGCCACCGGCAGCGCGAGAAGCAAUCGAUGAUUUCGUCGCCUUCGUGACGAAGCGCGUGGAGAUGCGGCACUCGGAAGGCUUGGCGCUCUUGGUCAAAGCGUAUGCGGCGGGGGAGGCAACCGCUUUGUGCAAUGACUUGGUCGACGAGUUCGUGAACGAGGCGUCGAAUGUGGUCAUCUAUGCCAAGAACCGCCCUUCAACGAGCCCCGCUCCCUUUCCCAGCUCGAGUCCGCCAAAGAAGUGCCCCCACUGUGAUGCCACCCCCGCCAGCCCCACGGCCGACGUCGUUCGUGCCGUUCUUGCCACAACGACUCCCGAUCGUGUUGACUUCAACGAAAACUUGCAUGGCUUCUUACGCGACCACGGCCAAGCAAUGUGGGAGCGGUACUUUAGCUUGCCAGAUCGAGAAUCGCCCAGAUCGACGGCACGCCUUCGAGCUGCAAUCCAAGCGUUUGGGCUCUUGGUGCACGAACUGUACGUGCUCGAAGGAGUGGAUGGGUUUCGGUUCCUCGCCCACUACCCCCAUCCUUCGUGGCCGAUCCUGUCGGAGCAUUCGCUUCUGCCGUACAAUUUUCAAGGGAAGAAUUUCCUCCGGUAA